AUGGAUAGGAGGGGUCUAUGGGAAAGUAUUAAUGAGCAAUCAAGUAAUUUAGCCAAUUCUCCAUGGAUUGUGCUUGGUGAUUUUAACACUAUUUACUCUCCCCUUGAAAACUUUGGUGCAUCACAAAGAUGGAUAGCUGCUAUUAUGGAGUUUUGGGACUGCCUUAAUCAAUCACAACUGGAGGAGUUAAGGUCUACAGGGAUUCAAUUCUCUUGGAACAAUAUGAGUGUAGGUCAUGCUAACAUAGCUAAAAGGCCGGACAAGGCUGUAAUUAAUGAGCAGUGGACUCUCACUUAUCAUAUAUCUAACUGCACCUUUCUCACCCCAGGCCUCUUAGACCAUAACUCCCUCCUAAUCAAAAUGGGUGCUCCUACUAGUCCCAAGAAACUUCCUUUCAAGUACUUUAAUGCUUGGGCUACUAAUCCUCUAUUUCUUCCCACAGUAGAACAGGUCUGGGCUACCCCCAUUUCAAGAACAUCUAUGUUUCAGCUCACCCAGAAGUUAAAAUUACUCAAAAGAGCUCUUAAGCUUAAUUGCAUGAUGGAAAUCUCUCAAGUUUCAACAUUAGUCACUCAGGCAAAACAAUCUUUGGCUUCAUGUCAGACCUUGCUUUACUCUAAUCCUAGAGAUAUUCAGUUGAGAUUACAAGAAAAGGAACUUAUGUAA